CACGCCUUGGCGUCCUGGUCGCACGAGCGACACUGCUACGACCCACCAACCACAUGUCCCAGUAUAUCAACGUUACGUUCCUCGGGACGUCCAGCGGCGGGGGCCCCUCCGAGUCGCGCAACUGCUCGAGCUUGGUCGUGGACAUGAUGGGCGACGGUACGCUAUGGAUGGUUGACUGUGCAGAAGGGACAGUCCGCCAAUUUACUUUUCAGCCGCGUGGAGCCCACGGACAGAUGUACCUACGAUCGAGCAGAGUCACGCGGGUCUUCAUCACGCACAUGCACGCGGACCACACGAUGGGCCUGAUCACCCUCAUCCGCAACGUCCUGCGCGCGCCGCCGACGACCUCGGAUGCGACGUACAGCACGUUCCGCGACCCGAAGCGGAUCGACAUCUACGGCCCGCGGGGUAUCCGCCAGUUCGUGCGCACGAUUAUCAGCGUCACGCACACGCGCUCGCACCCGGAGGAUUUCUUCGUAGUGCACGAGCUCCUCAUGCGGAAGGACUGGGCGGCGGGCCGCGCGUAUAGUGGGGACGCGCCCAUGCCGGAUGCGAGUGAGAGCGAGAUGGACGACGAGGGCGAGGGCGAGGGCGUGCCGGAGACGCGUGAUGCGAGCGAGGAGCCUGGGGAAAGCGAAGAGGAGACUGAAGAGGAGGACGACGAGGAGGGUGAGGAUCUGUGGGAGGAGCCGAGCGCGCCCGCGGAAGACGGGCUGCACCCGAACGAGCUCGCCGGCCGCGAUAUCAGGGCGGACAAACGCCAUUUUUGGCGCAAGGUCGUGAGCGUGGAGGCGGGCGGCGGGGAAGUAUCCGUCGACGCAGGUCCCAUAAUCCACCGCGACCCAUGUAUCGGCUACGUCUUCACCGCGCUCCCCUCCGAAAACCCGCACCCCUCCGCGCCGCCGUACGCGCCGCGCAAGCUCGUCAUCCUGGGCGACACCUCCGACCCCGCGCCCGUGCUUCCGCUGUGCCGCGCGCCGCCGCCGUCGCUGCUCGUGCACGAGGCGACGGACGCGUACAUACCCACGAGCGUCGACCCGCAGAGCAAGCGCAGCCGCGAGCUCGUCGCGGAGAAGUGCGUCGAGCGCGGGCACUCGACGCCCGAGAUGGCGGGCGCGUUUGCGCGGCGGAUCGGCGCGAAGCGGUUGGUGCUGAACCAUCUGGGGGCGAGGUUCCCCGCGCCGCUGAUGAAUAACGGGCCGAGGAUACGAGGUGCUGUGCUGAGGGAGAUGGAGAGACAGGCGUCGGAGGCGUGGGGCGGGGGCACCGCGCGCGCGGCGCUCGAUUUCACGAAGAUCACCAUCCCGCCCGAGCGCCUGCCGACGCCCGUGCACGCACUCGGGCCGGAAAUGAUGGUUCUGGACGGUGGGGAUAGCAACGACGACGCACCGGCCAAUGGCGACGGGGAGGCGGGCGGGUCGAAUUCGCAGAGCGCGCGGGGAGGGUGGGGGAGGGGACGGGGCAGGGGAGGGGAGCGGGACGUGUUCCGAGGGCGGGGAGGGCGGAAGAGGGAGCUGGACGCGGUGAGCCCUGGGGGCAGCCGCGGGGGGCGGAGUCGGAGCCAGGGCGGGCGAAGUCAGAGCGGGCACAGCGCUUCGAGGUCGCGGAGCUUCAAGAAGGCGAAAGAGUUGGAGGACACGGCGGUGGUGUGAGGGACGGGUUAGUGCUGUUGUCUGCCACGUAUUCUAGCGGAGGAACGAUGUGUCUUGUCUCUUUCUAGUGCUCAAGGGAAUUGCUCUUGUAUCCGUAUCUUGUACCUUGUAGACGCCCGUGCUCUAUAGACGUAGACGUUGCGACUACACGAAGGCCCGGGAUGAAUACUGUCGCCACGGGAAGCCG